GUACGGUCUGCCCUUUAUAACAUCAAACAAUAUUCUAAUAACAACAAUCAACGGGGCUGGAGCUGCAAUUGAGUUGAUAUAUGUGAUCAUCUUUUUCCUCUAUGCACCCAAUAAACAAAAGGGAAAAAUCUUAGCAAUGUUCGUUUUAGUCGUCUUGGCUUUUGCUGCGGCAGCGGCUAUAUCGGUGGUUGCUUUUCAUGGGAAAAAUAGGAAACUCUUUUGUGGUACGGCUGCCACCCUCUUCUCCAUUGUUAUGUAUGGAUCUCCUAUGUCUAUCAUUAGACUAGUAAUCAGAACAAAGAGCGUGGAGUAUAUGCCAUUUUUCCUGUCAUUUGCCGUUGUCGUAUCUUGCUCCUGUUGGUUUAUCUAUGCCAUGCUAGGAAUGGACCCAUUUAUUGGCACUUCAACUGGUGUUGGUUUGGCUUUAGGAAUAGUGCAGUUGAUCUUAUAUUUCAUUUACUGUGACAAGAAAGUCUUAAACAAGAAGACAUGUACUCAUGAGUCCCUACAGAUGGGUAACGGCCAUGUUGAUAAUGUUAAGUCUUUCAAUGAUGAAAAGCAAUCAAGUUUUCAUGAUAAGCAAUACUCAGACGUCCAUGAGCAAGUCUAGACAAGUUAGAGGAUAAAGUUCGUGCAGCUUAAACUUAAAACUCGAUGAUUUUUGUUCAAAAUCCGUUUCUUUAGAUUCUAAAAUUAUUAUGAUAUGCGUGUUCGAAUAAUGUUGUAGAAGCAUUAAAAAGCAUGUCAAGAAUUGUAAGAUGUCCACAAUAUCCAAAUGAAAUAUGUAUGAUUAAAGAUGAGCAGAUAA